AAGCCGUGGUCUCGCUGGCCUAUCAUUUCGGACGUACAGCGUCGAGGUGUGGCCGUUUUCAGACCACUUGACUAGCUUGUGUUCCUUCGCAGUACGACACCUACACUCUUCACGACGCUCGCUACGAAUUGGACAACUUAGCUUGUUUAUGGUUCGAUGUCAGCAGCGCAAGAGGCGGAACUAGCAGAAUUCGCCACUGUUGUUCUCAAUUUCGACGCGUGCAGAUACGUCAGUGCUGCAGGGCUAGUGAUACUGCUUUAUGACCAUUUGUUGACCCUCGACGAGGAGAUUCAAUAUGUAUGGAAAGCACCAUGGACACUGCCGAAGGGAAUGUUUCUGGCCAACCGCUAUGGUGUUCCCCUUCUUACGAUUAUAAAUACGUGGCAAUUAUCCGGACUUGCGAAUCCUUCGCCGACAGAUACGGUUUGCAAGGUUUGGAUCAUAACCGCGCUGUACGCGGGCGUUCUAUCGAUGGCGAACGGAGGCUUCAUCGUCCUCUUGCGGCUUUGGGUACUAUGGAACCGACGGACAUCCCUUGUUGGAUGGACUCUUCUCGUCUUCGUCGUCACACAAUUGGCGACUUUCUCCGUGACGACAUGGGUUGCUACGGGGCUCGUUUCCCGACUGGAAUACAGCCCCCUCGUUAAUUCCUGCGUCCUGACUAAGCGACUACCCCUGCAAGGGUUGUGGAUACCUGGUGUUCUAUUUGAGAUCAUGGUUUUCAGCACGACUGUAUACAACGCUUUCGAUAGACCAAGGGACGAGAAUCGCCCAAUGGCCAAUCAAUUAUAUCGUGACGGUUUUGUCUUCUUCUGUUGUAUAUUCACACUACGACUUAUCAAUAUGGUCCUUGCUAUCACUGCACCGCUAUCCCUCAUUUUUCUGGGCAUAUUCUUCAUCUGGUGUGCCACAAACGUCACGCUCAGCCACUUGGUCUUAAAUGUCCGUCGACUCGCGGUAGAGCGUCGAUCACCAGAACAAGACUCUGUGACCACAGGGUACGAACCUGACACCGAGGUACCGGACACCCCGGACGACCCCAACAUCAUAUCCUACGAGCUCAACGUGGGUUAUGAGGAAUAUCAUGAACUUCGCUAACGUCAUGAUCUUGUUGUAUGGAGCAUUCGUCUUGUCGUUCUGUCUUUCCAUGGGUGUCAGUCUGCGAUGGGGUCUUCCCACCGUUGGCGACAUGCACGUAUAUUAUUGGUUCCCACACCCUAUGUAUCUUAUAGUCUCGCUUUGCUUUGAAUAUUCCAAGCUCUCGCCUGUUAACC